GGAGGAGCGGGGCGAGGGGGCAGACCCACAGCCCGCGAUCCGGCCCCGAUCGAGCCCAGUUUGUGCCUCGGGGCGCAGGGCAAGGCACGCUGAGUGUCACAGAUAACACGGAGAGGGCAGGAGAGCCUCCCAGCCUCAGUGCAGGCCGUCUGCCAGCGUCCACAGAUCGCUGCUCCUCCAGGCACUCGCCCACCCCUGUACCAUGUUCCUUGUGCCUGCUGACACCUCGCCCAGCUGUGGCGGCCACUCUGCUGCUGCCUCACGCAGAGGUGGGGACCCGUGGCCCCUGUAGUGCUCCCUCAUGAAGAGAUGGGGACCUGUGGUGUCUGUAGUGCUCCCUCAUGUAAGGAUGGAGACCUGUGGCCGCUGCAGUGCUCCCUCAUACACAGAUGGGGACCUGCACGGCUGCCCUUCUGAUCCCCAUCUCCUGUAAGGCCAGGACAGGGUCAAAUUAUAAUGACACGUUUAAUAAAUUGCUAUUAUACACAGUGCAGUACACUCUAUUGCAUAUAAAUGCUUCCCAUUUAUUGCCAUAUUGCACAGAGAGAAUGUUGUAUUUGUCAGUCUACUCGGCUGCGCUGGCUACUCCCUUAGUCAGCUCUCAGCAGCUGAUAAACCUGGCAAACAAAUGUAAACUUUGUCAUGUGCUUUCUGACUUUUUCCCCACGAAACCCUCUUUAACAGUAGUUCUUAAGGAGAUCAGUAAUACACUUUUAACACCUCUAUUUUUUCCCCUUGUAACAUUAUAAAGGGGAUAUAUGAGAGUGACUUUGGGUUGUAAUGUAAACACCCGAAAGAUGAGACUGCUGGCUCUCUUCACACAAGAUAAGGUUCUUACUGCACUUCCUAUCUUCGCGUUUUGGUUCUCCCUCCCACGUAUCACUGGGAAAGGGCCCCCACAUCUCAGUUAAACGAGCUGCAGGUGGAAGAAGGAGUGGACAAGCGGCAGCUGCCUCCCAUAAAGAUGGUCAAAAUCAUUUGGGGAGCUUUGGCCUAACUGAGAGGAGGCUGUGGGUUUUGGGUGCAUGUAAGAGCAGGGCUGAUAGUUCUAAAUGGAAACUGGAGUGGGCUCCAGCGUUCCUGAAAGCUUCCUGCAACUCCUUUGGGCCUGAGCUCGGAACAGUGUUUAAAAAAAAAAAUGAAUACUGCUCCUGCUUCAGAAAGUGGAUCAUGUUCCACAAACCACGCGAGGCCCUUUUUUUAUGCACAACCAACAGCACAACAGCCUUUUCCAAAUCCAUGGUACCUCAGCCAUACAUAUAAUCCAUACUGUGUACCUGCACUAGGCUUCCGAAGUGGGCAUCCAUAUUUUCCAUUUUAUUCUGUGGCACUCCAUGAGUACCCUGGAUUCCUUGUUCCACAGCAUCCCGUGCAUGCAAGAAUCAACAGAAGGUCUUAUUUUAAUGCUCCUUCACCCUCUCCUAUGUUUUAUCAUGCAACCCGAUUUAGACACUACAGUACCCCUGGGAAAAAAACGGAGACAAAAGAAACACAGACUGAUCCUAGACAGCCUGAAAACAAGCAAAAAAAGCAUCAAGAUACCCGCACAGAAACGAAAGGUUGUGAUGCAGGAAAUAUGGCCUGUGUUUCUUCUGGCAUAGGUACGGAGACUGAAAGUACUUCAGAGAAGCAAGAUUCAUCUGGAUCUUCCAUUGUGGUAGACAGGGAGUUUCAUAAUAGUCCUUCCAGCUCUACACAGUAUAGAAAUCUUCCUACUGGAAGCUAUGCCUUUGAGAAGGAAGAGGUGAGAAUAGAAUAUGGAAAUGGCUCUCCAGCUAUUCAACUGUGGAAGUCCUUUAAAGAAACUAUUCCUUUGUAUGAUGUGUCAAGUGGUAAACCAGUCCCAGAGAACAUAGUGCAGCGUGACUUAUUUUCCGUUAGCUCAUGUGAAGGGAUGAUAUACGGCCCUCAUGAAGGGGAGAAAUUGGUGCCAGGAACUUACCUAGAUGAGAGAAACGCUGUUCUCUCUUCAAAACAGGGUGUUGAAACCAUGCAAGAAAAAGAGGUCCAAAAUAAUGAAGUGAAGCUGGAUGUGGAGAAGCAGGUGACCACAAGUCAGCGGGCAAAAUCUCCUCCAGGUGAAGCCAUGGCAGUGCAAAUAGCAGAACUGGCAAGAUCUGUUAGCCUAGAUCAGCCAGUGGUAAGACAGGAUGUGUUAGUAGCUAAGAAAUCUAGCUCUAAAAGAUCCACAGGCUCAAAAACUUCUCAGGAGGAGCCCAGUCUUAUUCAACAAGCAGGACUACUUCCAUCUAGUAUGGAGGUAAUGAGUGACCUGAGUUUUCAGCAGAAGAAACUGAAUCUGAGCCACAGUGCAACCAAUGAAAGUCAAACCGAUAGAAGUGUUUGGUGUGAAGAAUCAGUGGAGAAGUAUGUUCCCUCUAACAGUUGGCUGGCUUGUCUGGAUAAUAUGGACACAAACUACAACUAUGAUGUGUGUUUGCCACAAAGAAAACGUCAAAGCAUACUCAGUCUUUCUUCUGAUGACAUGUCCUCUAGAGAGGAUGGCUCAUCCAUUGAUAAUGCCCCGGUGUCUUAUUUUGUACCUGACUAUGUGCUUCAGAAAAGCACGUAUACUUUCCAGAAAAGUACAGAGGGCUUGGAGAAGGAGAAAAUUAAAAGUGGGGGGUCCCUCAAUGAAGAUGAAGUGGUAGGAAGGGAGCAGAUGAACAGUUUGGAUGGCCAAGAUGUCAAAAACUCAACUAUGAAGAUUAAAGAGCCUUCCGGUAUAGGUAAAAGGCUGGGAGCCCUUCCUAGAUCUUCUAGUCGGAAAAAAAUCUGUUCUCUCGAGAAAAAAGCUGCUAAGAGUUUAUCAGAAGUGGAGGACUCAGAAGAAUACUCUGUGCAGGGAGAAGAGGAAGAUGAAGAGGAUGAGGAUGAUGAUGAGGAUGAUGACGUGGAUGAAAUAGAAUAUUUCUUUCAAGAAGCUGCUCCGUAUGGAAUCUUGACGGCAAGUAAAGGAAACCUCUACCGACAAGUUGGCCAGAGGGUGCUUUGGAAACCACCUAAAAACGCUAUUCCGGCUCACAUAAUUGGCUGCCCUGCUCAGGAGAAAAUAAAAAGUAGGAGCAGGCUUGGUGAAAACAUUGGUGUAGUUUACAAGCAAAAGGAGAAACAAGAUGAAGCUGUAUAUAGUGACUACGGGCAUCAUGGAAGAAAGAGGCCAAUGGCAAGAAGAGAAGGGCUUGAACAUAAGCAAACACUACAUAAAGUGUUGGGAGGAAGACUGUUAAGGGAAAGCAUGGUGAUACCACCCGAAGAAUUUUGGAUUAGAAGCGGUGCUAAACCCAAAGUUAUUGGCCGAAUACAUGGUAGUCUCUCACCCCAAGCCAUGAGUAAAGAACAAGAGUGCCUGCCUAUGGUUAAACCCAAGAAGAAAAGAAUAGGCAAGCCCCCAUUAAAACGCAAAGACACAAGAUAUGAGAUGGAGGAAGUGGAAGUGUGGGAGAUUCCUAAAAGCAGUGUACGCAAAGGGCGUGGAACAAGAAGGUCCCUCUAUAAGAGAAAAUAACCUCAAAUACUGGGGCGGAAGGGGAAGCAAAUGUAUUGGUUUGCAUAAACAUAACUCUAUUGUAUAUUUUGUAAGUUGCUGUGCACUCUUGAAGGGGACUGCCAUACAUCUUACAGUGCUGCUAUUAAAAUGGAAGUAUUUAACACUAAACUGUCACCUUUUGUAACUAACAUCCACUGUUUAAAUAAUAAAUUUAAUAGAAGUGCAUUUUGAGGCUUGUAUUCCAUCUAUACAUGGAAACAAAACCUUUUGAUAGGGAUAUGUGCAUGUCAGUUAUUGCUGCCCUGUUAAGCUUUGUAGGAUUGUGUCAUCUCAUCGCAUAGUCAGUUUGUCUGUAUGAUGUAGAAAUAGCUGCAAGACUUACUUCCAUCACCUGGAUUUUUGGCUGGAUUUCUUUUUGGACGUGUAAAGAAUGUAGUUAAAGCUGCAUCAAGUCAAUCACUGACUUGAUCCUCAGAUCUUAUUCUUUAAAGGUAUGAUUGGAGGACUAAAACUAAAGCACUGAGCUGAUGUGAUGCUUCCCCCUGCUUCUCUUCGUCUGUGGAUCUCUGUGGAGACCCUUAUGAGCUCCCUGUGGAGGCCCUGCCCUGGAGAGAUGGACUUCAGAGGUGAAACAGGAGUCAUUUUCCUAACAAGUCAAGGAAUAGGGCACACCAUUGUGAUUUAAAAAAAUAAAAAUAAAAAAGGCACCUUACUACACAAAUGUCUCUAUAGAACCAAAAUAAUGAAACUAGGUCUCUUGUUGACCUAUCUAUUCAUAACCAAAAUAGGCUGAUCAUAGCACAAAAACACCGGGCCUUCUUUCACAGCUAUGAAAGUUAGUAGCACCAUGUGAAAAGAAACAUGACACUGCCAUUUUUGUAAAAUUACCAAAUGAUAAUUACCAGUAAAUGGAAUUACCAAUGACAUUGUGAGUAAAGAAGAUGAGAAAAAUGUAUGAACAAGGGGGAAAGGGGAGGAGAGAAUGGGUGAAUAAGACUUGCCUUUUGCUUUUUCUCCCCAUGCUCUUACUUGAUUUGUGCCUUAAAAUUACCUGCAGAGAUGUAGUGUCUCCUGUGACAUUCAAGUUCUG